AUGGCUUCCAUUUUAUCAUACCCAUCAACCCUGUUCUCAUUUUCUCAGGUAAAAUCCCAUGUCAAGCUCCCGUAUCCAAGAAGCCAUUUUUCUUCACUCCCCGACAAGCAAAAAAUUAACAUAAAGGCAGAGUCUUUUCUUAUAUUUCCAUCUUUACCUCGUCCUGGCCUUAUCUGCCGUACCUCUUUAAUAAGGGCAUCAUCUAAUUCAAAUGAUAUUCUUAAAGCAAUUGAUAAGAAUGAAGAAAAAUCUUUUCUGGGUACUAAUGGAAAGCCAGUGAAAUUCCUUUUCUUGGUGUUGUUAUGGGCUUCUGUUUCCCUUAGUCUGUAUGCUUUGUCUGGGGAUGCUAAAGCUUCUACUGAUUCGAUUAGAGCUUCGGGCUUUGGGGUGAAGGUUGCUAAUGCACUGCGGGCUUCGGGCUGGCCUGAUGAGGCUGUUGUUUUUGCCUUGGCUACACUUCCUGUGAUUGAGCUUCGUGGGGCUAUUCCUGUUGGUUAUUGGUUGCAACUCAAGCCUGUAAUUUUAACUGUCUUGUCUGUUCUUGGAAACAUGGUUCCUGUACCCUUUAUUGUACUCUACCUCAAACCAUUUGCAACUUUUCUUGCUGCAAAGAAUCAGGCAGCUUCUAAAUUUCUUGACAUGUUAUUUGAGAAGGCCAAAGAGAAGGCAGGGCCUGUGGAAGAAUUUCAAUGGCUUGGUCUGAUGCUAUUUGUGGCUGUGCCAUUCCCUGGAACAGGAGCUUGGACAGGGGCCUUCAUUGCCUCUAUAUUGGACAUGCCAUUCUGGUCUGCCGUCUCGGCCAAUUUCCUUGGUGUUGUAUUGGCUGGCCUUCUGGUAAACUUGCUGGUUAACCUUGGACUCAAAUAUGCCACUGUAGCUGGUAUAAUUUUAUUUAUAAUCUCCAGUUUCAUGUGGAGCAUUCUUCGUUAUCUUAAAAAAUCUUUGAGCUCAUCAAUUUGA